GAUACCGUAUAGUAGUAUAAUUUUUUCAAUAUUCACUUCCGUGUUUGUUUACAUCUUGGAAUAGGAAUAUAUUUUGUGUAUUCCUUCUAUUUAGAGAGAAAUUAAAAUUGUAACCAUUAUGACGACACCUGCUAGACCUGCACCUCCAAGACCCCAGCCUAAGCCAGGUCAAGUGAAAGUUUUCAGAUCACUCUAUGCCUACACAGCCCAGCAAAGGGAUGAAUUAACAUUUGAUGAAGGUGACCUACUCUAUGUGACUGAAAUGACAAAUGAUGGUUGGUGGAAAGGAAGAUGUGGAAACAAACAAGGUCUUAUUCCUGGAAACUAUGUUGAAGAAAGCAUGGAGUCUGUAGAUUACCCCCUCCACGAAGCAGCCAAACGAGGCAAUCUAGCCUUCCUUCAAGAAUGCAUCGCAAAUAAGGUAUCGGUGAAUAGUCUUGAUAAGGCUGGAGCUACACCUCUCUACUGGGCAGCGCAUGGUGGUCACAUAGAUUGCAUGAGGGCAUUACUAGCAAUACCAAACUGUCAAAUCAACGCACAGAAUAAGAUUGGUGAUACAGCGUUACAUGCAGCAGCAUGGAAAGGUCAUAAGGGAGCAGUACAAAUACUCUUGGAAAAUGAUGCCCAAACAGACUUGCCAAAUAAAGAUGGUAAAAUUCCUCAACAAUUAUCCUCAAAAGAUCCAGCUACAGCAGCACUUCUAAUACCCCAGAGGAGUAAGUAUACAAUCACAUUUUUUCCAGCAAUAAAGGAUCACCUCUUUUUGUUAGAAUCUAAAUGUAAUUUGAAAAAAAGGGAUUUCAACUUGAAAGGGAAUUUUAUCCUAAAAGUUCAAUAGCCUGUAUUGUGAACUUGAUUUUAACUUUGGUUUAAAGUUGUGGCUGAUAGUAAUAAAAGAAAUUCAUUGUUCAAAAGGAUAAAUAUGAGACAGGUCCUUCACAAAGGCAAUGCUUUGAACAAAAGUAAAACAAAAUAAAACAAUAUGUAACAAAACAUUAAGAAAUUAAUGCUACAGGGAGGCUUUCAGCAAAUGCUCAUCACAAAGCAUGGAAGAUUUCCCAAGGUUUUGCUUCAUCUGAAUAUGGGCUGGUCAAUCUUUCAAAUUGUGAUACAAUUAGAGAAUAAGAAAACAACAUGAAUCAUUAAAUUGGUAGUAUAUUUUGCUUUAUUAUUGUUUUUAUUUACAAGGUGACAUGAAACAUUAUUCAGUUUUAGUUGACAUUAUACAAAAAACACAUCGGCCGUUGUAUCUGUGUACACUUACACUUAUUCAUUCGCCAUCUUAUCAAAGCAAUAUUUUUUGCUUGCACUGUUUUUUUUUAAAUUUGAUGCUGGAUGAUAUGCGAUGAUCAAUUGGUGUUGGCUAUUACAGAUCACAUGACUUGAAAGAAUGAGAAGACCCAAUUGUCAUAAGCAUGUUAGUAAUCAUGUAUACCACAUAUUGGGAGGGAACAAAUUAAAUACAGGAAAUACUAGCAGUAAUUGGUACAGUAGUUGAUGAGAUAUCCUUGGUUAGAAAUUGAUAUGAUAAAUGGAUCAAUCUACAGGACUCCUGUCAAGUUUCAUUCAAAGAAAAAUGGUACUAAUCAACAUGUAUUGUGAGAUUUGUGGUGAUGGUGACCCUGAAAGCAUUCAUAUUCUAAUCACAGUGCCCACAAAAAAAAAGGAUGGAGGAAUAGAGGGAGAGGGAUAGAGAGCUAGAAGGGGGAGGGGUGGAUAGUGAUGGAGUAGGUAAAGGGGGGGGGGACAGAGUGAUGAUUGUAAUGUGACAGAAGAGGUAGAAGAUGGAUGGAGAAAAAGAGAGGGAGAGAAAGAAAGGGUGAGUGAGUGAAGGGGAAGAAGAAAAGAGGUAGAUUGAAGGAGAGAAGGGGAAAGGGAAGGGAGGGAGUGAAAGGGAAGGGAGGGAGGGAAAAAUGAAAGAGAGAGGGGAAAGAAGGAAAUAAACUGGAAGAUAUAUAUAAAAAAAGAAAUGAAAAUUAGUGAAUGGAAAAGAAAGAAAGAAGAAAAAGGGUUAGAGAUGGUCAGACAGGCAGAAAAGGAGAGAAGAUAAAGAAAGAAGGAAGCAGAGAGAGAGAGAUAGAGAAAUGAUAAACGAAGAGACAGACAAGAUGAAUGAGAAAUGAGAGAUUGGAAUGGAGAAAGAGAGACAGGGAAAGAGAGAAAGCAAGAAAGAGAAAGAGGGAGAGAAAAAUAAAAUUUUCAAUGAAUAGAAAGGGGCAUGAAUAGAACGUGAAUUAAUUUUCUGGUCCAGAUAAAUUCAAAGCGCCAGAGGGCAUGGGCAUAUUAUACAAGUAUCAAUCCCUCAUCUGUUCACUACACAUAGAUGACGAAUUCAUGACCAAUUUGCAUUAUUAUUUGUAGAAAGCCACAAGUCUAUGAUUAUUUGGAUUGAGGGCCCUCGUCUUCUCUAUGCUCUAGUUGGUGUUGCCACCACAUGUUGUGCCAUGACAAGGGAUUUGAGCCUCCCUCAAUAUCUUUUUUUUUUCCCUUUAAUUAAUCAUGCCUUAUUUUGAGAUUAGUCUAGAAUAUCUAUAUCUUUCUCAUGAAACCUCUUUUGUUUCCAUCAAAAGUGCAUUCCAAUAUGUACUGACAAUUUGUUUGAAAAUGGCACAUUUUAAUGUGAUGAAAUAUUGCAAUUCUGCUGUUUGACCCCCAUGGGUCCCAUUUCGCAAUGUCACUUCAAAUGUAUACCUUGAAUGAUUCAUCCACAAAUGUAUUAAUAACAAGCAAUCAUCGAGCAACCCAGUUCUAUACAGAAUAACCUAAAUUUAAACAAGGGAUGCUCGCACAUUGUGCAAGUGUGAAGGAUGUAAGAUACAAUUAAUUCAAUUUAAUUUUUCAUCCUGGAUUCAAACUUGUAUAUUUGGAAUGAAAAAUGUAUCUUCUGUUGAUUCAUUCAUUAGAGAAUUAAACUUCUGACUACAUGGCAACAAUGAUGGUCUUAUUUUGUCGAUGAAUGAGAGUAGUAGUAAUGGAUUCAGUCUCUGGAUUAUAUCUGUAGAUAGUUAUUUUUCAAUUUUCGUAUCACUGAAUCAUUUAGUAGUCGUAAAUGCUUGUCUUCAUAAUAAUUGGAUAGGAAAUGAAUGCAGAAUUACAAGGUUAAAACAGGGAAUGUACUGUAGGAGUGCCUUGUCAUAUUUAUUUUUAUGGUAUUUUCUGCUGGCCUUACUGUCAGUUAUAGUCUUAGGGUAAUAGUUGUAUGCAUCUUUGUUUGAAAGGGUAAAAAAUUGUAACUGUUAUUUGUGC